ACCACCAAUAAUAAAUCAAAACCCCUCUCUCUCCAUCAGACUUUUUUUUGUUUUUUUGGUGUUGUUGUCCAAAUUAAAGACGCCCCACUUACAUAUUUUUUUCUUCGUCGCAACACUUGUAUAUUACAUGUCGAGUAAAAUAGCGGCCUCGGCGGCAGUUGCGGCUGCGGUGGUGGUGAGAGAAUACGAUGAGGAGAGCGACAAGUGUGACGUGGAAGAGAUGGAACGAAAAUGUGAUGAAACCGGGAAUCAUCAUGGCAAACCGGUUCUGGUCUCUGAUCUAUUGGGCGAUCCGGUUCGUCGCGUUCGUCAUUUUCCCUCUCACACUAUGCUGGUAGCAGAGUACGGAGAUGGAAGAAAGAUGGUAGGAGUUGUAAGAGGAUGUGUUAAAACUGUGACUAGAGGCGGCAACUCUAUCUUUGUCAAACUCGCUUAUGUUCUUGGUCUUCGUGUUUCACCUUCCCAUCGGAACUUAGGCAUAGGAACGAAAUUGGUGCGAGCACUUGAAGAAUGGUUCAAGCAACAAGGCGCAACCUACGCGUACAUGGCGACUGAUUAUAUUAAUGAGCCUUCCAUUAACUUGUUCACCAAAAAAUGUUCCUAUGUCAAAUUCCGUACACCGACGAUGUUGGUCCAGCCGGUUCACGCCCAUACCAAACCGAUCGGUUCAGAUAUCACAAUCCUUCGAUUAACUCCCGAAACCGCCGAAUCAAUCUACACUCGAAUCUUCAAAGACUCAGAAUUCUUCCCUCGUGACAUCGAUGCAAUUUUAACCAGCCGCAACAGCUUAGGAACGUUUCUAGCCGUGCCAAACGAAAAACACGGUCUCAAAUCAAACAGCGAAGCUAAUUUUGCGAUAUUAAGCGUUUGGAGCACCAAAGAUGUAUUCAGGCUGCAAAUGAAAGGCGUAUCUCGGUUAACUCACGCGGUUUGCUCCGGUUUGAGAUUUCUCGAUUCUUGUAUGCCAUGGAUGAAAUUACCUUCGUUCCCUAACGUGUUCGACAAGUUUUGGGUUUAUUUCAUGUAUGGCAUGCACAUGGAAGGCAAAGACGGUCCACGUCUAAUGAGAAGUUUAUGCUCUUUUGUGCAUAACAUUGGGAGAUACGACGGAGGAUGUGGAGCUCUAGCGGCAGAGCUUAGCCCAUCAGACGCGGUGGCUUUAGCCGUACCUCAUUGGAAACGGCUUUCAUGGGCCCAAGAUCUCUGGUGUCUCAAGAAACUCUCCGGUGAACCUGACCCGUCCGAUUGGACUAACUCGACAUCUUCUUCUUCUUCUUCUUCCUCCGUGAUUUUUGUUGAUCCUCGUGAUAUCUAAUCAAUGCUCCAAAAAUAUUUAACUUUACUGUACAUAAAGAUGAUUAUAAAAA